UCACGCACAUGCUUUAACGUCGAAAGAGAGUACUCACGAGAAUGUAACUUGUCCCAGAUCUUUAGUUCUUGGUGCGUAAGAAACAAAGAUGGGUGGAUCUGAAGUUUCAAGAACAGAGGAGAAGAGCGGCAUAGGUUUGGUUAAAUUGUUCGACAACAAUGUUGUGUUUUCAGGAUUUUUGGUUUGGAUCAAUCAGACAAUUCAAGAGCCACUCAAGGCUGAGUUCAAGAGAUUGAGGAGUGUUAAGGAGCUAAGCUUGAUUAAGUCAGUGUCAGAGAUAGAGACAAAUUAUGAGAAGCAUAGAGAUGAGGAGAAGUUAGAGAAGCAAUUACAAGCUUGGAGAGAUAAUCCUUCAUGGAUCGAUCAACCUCCUAAAGUGGUGGUGAAAUCACAAAAUGGCUUGUUUUGUCAUUUGAACGUUGAAGUAGACGUAGGAUUGCCUCCUGAAUCAGUCUACAACAUUUUCACUCAUCCAGACAACAAAAGAUACUUCAAAAACAUCAAGGAAAACAUAUCGAGAACAGUUUUGAUCGACGAAGGGCUAAAGCAGAUCGUUGAGGUGAAGCAAGCCGCGGCCUGGAAGUUCCUUUGGUGGGAUGGAACUUUCCCUAUUCAUCUAAUUGUCAAAGAAAACCGAGAAAACCUCACCUCAAAUUAUAAGCAAGAGAAAACAAUGUUCAUGAAAGUCUUCGAGGGCUGUUGGAAAGUUGAGCCAUUGUUUAUAGACGAGCACUUAUGCGACCGCUCGAAGCCAAAAACUCUAGAAGAUUACCACAAUUGUAGCAACGGACGAGGAAGGAUUGGGUCGAAAGUGACAAUGGAUCAGAUGUUCCAACCUUCUGCUAUUCUUACUCCACCACCGCUUUCUUGGUACAUACGUGGGAUCACUAUUAAAACCACAGAGAGUAUGAUCGAAGAUCUUCUCGCUGAAGCUACUAGACUCCGGGGAGGAGGAGGAGGAGGCCAUAUGGAUGAUCAAGGAGAACACAGUGCCGUAAUGGAGAACACCAAAACUGUGGACAUUAAAGAAAGAUGGAGAUCGCGUAGGAGGAACAAAGGGAUGAGAUCUACAAAUGUUAGGACAAUGUAAUUAUAAAGAUUCUGAAACUGGAACUUCUUGAUUGCUGUAGCCUGUAGAAAUAUGGAAUGAUUCACAUCGAAACAAGGUCUUUACAAGUUU